AUGAAGUUCUCCACUCUCGCCCUUCUCACCAGCACUGCUAUCGCUGCCGAAACCGUCGACCUCAAGAUUGUCUCUGACAACUCUGAUCUCAGCGGCAAGGGCAUCCAGGGUCUCCACGAGGGCGCUGGUAUCAGCUACUUCGGUGUUUCUGAUCAACUCGGUGAGGAAUUCAGCUACGACGCUGACAAGCAGUUGCUUACCCAGGAACAGGGUUCUUUCACCGCUAACGUUGGUGCUAGCGGAAACUUCUUUGCUGUUGGCCCAGCUGUUGAGCCAAGCCAGGUGACUUUCGAUGGCGAGGGCUACCUUAGCAUUGACAAGCAGCUCUACGCUUGUAAGCAGCUUAACGACCCUUACCGUUACUUCGCUGACAGCUACGGUGUUGUCGUGGGUGAUGCUCCAAACGACUCUUGUGUCAAGAUUGCUCUCCAGAAAGUUGGCGGUGAGUCUGAGGCUUCUUCUGCUGAGGCUUCUGCUGCUCCAACUUCUGCCCAUGCCGGCUGGAACAACACUGUCACCGAGCACAUCACCGUGACCGGUUACACCACCUACUGCCCUGAGUCUACUGUUCUCACCAUCACCACCUGUGAGAACAAGGCCUGUGGUCCUAAGACCAUCACUGUCUCCGAGGCUCAGACCGUGACUGUCACCGAGGAGUGCAUUGUUCCAAAGACCUCCACCACCCCAGUUGUUGCUCCUACCACCACCGAGCCAGCUCCAGAGACCACCAAGCCAGCUUCUUCCAAGUCUGAGGUGACCUCUGCUCCUAAGCCAACCACUCCAACCACUGUUGCUCAUGUGUCCAGAUCCUCUGAGACCGCCUCUUCCGCUGUUGUCUCCUCUUACGAGGGUGCUGGUGUGAAGAACGCUGCUGGUGCUGUUCUUGGCUUUGCCGGUGCUGCUGCUCUUUUGAUUUAG